AUGGCCAAAGAGAAGGAGCUGACUGGGCGGGAGGCUCGGGUGCUGAAGAGGGAGGCGAAGGGCCGUACCCAGUGCCUCCUAAGGAACAUCGCGGUGAAGGAAAGGUGGGUGGAGGCCAGAGAGAAGGCCCUGGUGGAGCGGGAGGCCCGACCGGAGGCAGCGGGGCCGGAGGCAGCGGAGGCAGGGCCAGAGGUGCCAGAGGCACUGAGGGUGCUUCGGGCGGCUGCGGCGAUCCUGCGGGCAGAGGCCCUGGCACGGGAGGAGAGGGCAGAGGAGGCGGAUCAGCGACCAGCGGUGGAGCCACGGGCUGAGAGCGCGGCCGAGGCCUCGGAGACAGGGGAGAGGGGGCCGUGGCUGUGGCCAGAGCCGGCACCACCGGCACCAACGCUCAAGCGGCCGACAGCAGACGCGGCACCACCGGUCCCACCGUUCAGGCGACAAGCCUCGUGCCCGGAACCGCAACGAGGACAUCGGCCGACGCUCCAACGACAGACGUCGGAGCCCGCGGCGCGCCGAUGGACACUGCUCGAGCCCAAGGAUUGGCCCGAGUCCGUGGUCCGCGCACAGGCCGGUGCGAGGCUGACGGGCCGGCGCACCAACAGGCUGGUGACGGAACGCGGCGUCCGCUACCGGGCAGCGGAGGCAGGGCCAGAGGUGCCAGAGGCACUGAGGGUGCUUCGGGCGGCUGCGGCGAUCCUGCGGGCAGAGGCCCUGGCACGGGAGGAGAGGGCAGAGCAGGCGGAUCAGCGACCAGCGGUGGAGCCACGGGCUGAGAGCGCGGCCGAGGCCUCGGAGACAGGGGAGAGGGGGCCGUGGCUGUGGCCAGAGCCGGCACCACCGGCACCAACGCUCAAGCGGCCGACAGCAGACGCGGCACCACCGGUCCCACCGUUCAGGCGACAAGCCUCGUGCCCGGAACCGCAACGAGGACAUCGGCCGACGCUCCAACGACAGACGUCGGAGCCCGCGGCGCGCCGAUGGACACUGCUCGAGCCCAAGGAUUGGCCCGAGUCCGUGGUCCGCGCACAGGCCGGUGCGAGGCUGACGGGCCGGCGCACCAACAGGCUGGUGACGGAACGCGGCGUCCGCUACCGGGUCACGACGUCAGCCGCGGGGACAGCGGUCUUCCGGGAUCAACAUUCGGGACGAGCGGAAUAA